AUUUCAUGUCAAAACACCGGAGGGUGCUGCCAUCGCGCGGGAAUUCGUGGUAACCGCUACGUGAAGAACGCGGGGUUCAAUCGAGGCACAAUUCAGGGCAAUUCGCGGGGACGAUUCGAUGUCAUCCGUGUCUGUGGAACGACAAUGUUCGGCGUCGCGUGUGUGCCAGCGAAGGUAUCCCGGCGAGCGGAGUGUGGUCGUGUGGUGCUACAAAACGAACCGCGGUAGAAAAUCGCGUUCAGUAGCGGAGCGCGCUGCGCACCGGAUAGACGGUCGGCGAUCGCGUUCGAAUGCGCGCGAAUGCGGAACAUAUGCUUGUUACGUAUGUACGUACAUACAUACGACCGGACGAGCGAUGCACCUCGUGCGUUUUCCGCGGAAGAGUAACGAGUGAAUUGAUCGGCACGCAACGGCCGGCCGCGGGUUCAACAUGUCCAUGAAGAAGGAGUCGCCUUGGGAUGUGGAGCUGCAUCUGGCGGCGGCACGUGGGGAUGCCAAGCGUCUCCGUAUUUUAUUGGACUCCGGACGCGUCCACGUCGAUUGCAAGGACAAGGAUGGCACGACACCUUUAAUUUUAGCUGCCGCCGGUGGCCAUAUCGACGCCGUGACCGAACUGUUACACCAAGGAGCGGAUUCUAAUGCCAAAAGACUGACUGGGACAACGGCUUUGUUUUUCGCCGCCCAGGGCGGUUACAUGGACAUCGCGAGUCUACUUCUGGAGCACGGCGCGAUCGUGGAUUCGUGCAGUAUAGAUGGGGGCACGCCGUUGUUCGUCGCAUGUCAAUACGGUCAUCUAGACGUGGUGGAGGGCUUGAUAGAGAGAGGUGCCAAUCCGAACGCUCAUAUGAAAGACGGCGCCACAGCACUGUUUAUCGCCGCCCAGAACGGUCAUCUUCGUAUUCUGGAGGUUCUUCUGGACCGUGGGGCGAAGACGGACGCGGCGAGAACAGACGGUGCCACGCCUCUCUGGAUCGCGUCGCAAAUGGGACACGAUCAUAUCGUUAGAAGGCUGUUGAAAGCCGGCGCCAAAGUCGACGCCACUAGACACGACGGCGCGACUCCGCUUUUCAAAGCCGCCCACAAAGGUCACACCGCCGUCAUCGGCGAGCUGCUCAAGUAUCGUCCCUCGCUUGGCGUACUUCCGAAUGGCGAAAGUGCACUGCACGCUGCAGCCUUGACGGGACACAUGACAGUCGCGAGGCAGCUCGUGGGAGCGGGGGCAGAUCCUUUGCUCGUAAAUCAGGAGGGCAUCACGCCGCUUCAACUGGCCGUCAGGCAUUCGCAAACGCAGGUCGCCAAUUACCUAAGGGAUAAAGUGAGAGUGCGAACCGCAUCCUGUUAACGAUACUUUCUCCUCUAUUUCGAUAUUAUUUAUAUCGAGAAUCUCGAGAUAUCGUUCGGCUCAAAUAUUUCUAAGCAGGAUAGACACACCAGAGCAAUGCGAAAAAAAUAGCUCGACAUAAUCUGUGUCUCCAUAAGAGUUCUAUUACUGGUAAGAGAAUCUUAUAAUGUUAUAUUUAAAAAAUUAUUUUAUUAUUUUGUUAUAUAUAUUUUAUUAAAGGAUAUAUCUGUUAUAUAUUUUUUGAGAAAAAAAUAUGCGAGCAUUUUUAAUGUGAGCGUAUAAUAUUUGUUAUUCUCUUAUUGUUAAUAAAACUCUUAUUGACACUGAAAAUAAAACUAAGUUACUUUUUGGUACACUGCUCUAUAUUACAUAAGUGAUAUUAAUGAUGAUCGCUAAACAUGCCAAGUAUGAGACAAUGAAAAGAAGUUUAGUUUCACGUAAUAAUAUGAGUGAACACACUGACAAGCAUAAAUAAGUCGAUUAUAUCAAUAGAGAUUGUGAGCGAGCAGAAAUCCGUCUUUAUAAGAGAGUGAUUAGGUCUGUUUAUUUUAAUUGCUCUAUUUUUCUCCGAAACCUGAAUGUAUGCCAAUUUGAUUUUAAGUAGAGAAAAUAAUGUAAAAAGUGCAAUUGAAACGAACAGAUCAAUUGUUAGGUAGUGUAUAUAAUCACGAUACCGUUCCAUUCUGUGGUAAAUAUCCCAGUAAAAAUAUUUUAAUACAUUUUCUACUGUAAAUAUAGUAUGGCCAAAAUGUUAUAAACGCCGAAAGAUGAUAGAUCUGUUUCUUUCUGUAUUUUGCAGUAUGUAUAACGCAUCUAAAACAUAUACCAUAGAUUUUUCAAACUUAUUAGCUAUAAUCUCAUGUUAUGAAAAUUCAACGUCUGUCAGCAGUCUGGAGCAUAAUUACCAGAAAAGAGAUAUUGAGAUUUAUCGAAACUGAUGAGUUUCAAAGACUGACUGAUUUGCCUUGAAACACAUAUUUUUUAUUGUUCUAUUAUUCUAUAAGAUCUUCUAUCUAUUACAUAAGAGGGAUGUGCAAGACGAUAAGGUUAUAGUUGUCAUAUUUGUUUAUAAUACAUUUUAUUAAAAUACGAAUAUAUCGAUGCACCGGACAAUGUUCUGCAAAAAACUGCAACAGUUCAGCGCAUACAUAUACAUCUCAAUUAUCAACAAAUAAUUUUCUUACCAAAAUAAAUAGAUUACAAGUGUGAUAUUUGAACACUUCAAUAUAUUUAAAUAUUUUGUAAUAAUUUUAGCUUUAUGGGAAAGUAAUAAGUACUCUUCCCGUCUUCCUAACACAUAGCACUCGGUUCAUUAGUUGUAAUUAUUGUUAUUGUUGAUGAAAAAGUGCGAAAAAUUAAUAAAUAACUUUAUAAAGAAAGCAGUUAUCGCUAAUGAUAUAUAAAAGUUAUAUACAUUACAAAUAUAUUUCGUUAUAAAGUAGGAUUGAUAUUAUUGUUCCUUCACGAGAAAUAUAUUAUGUGUAUUUAUUACAUAAAUUUAUAUAUAUAUGAGAUAUAUACAUAUGUAUAUAAUUAUUACUGUAUUAAUAUUUAUAUUUUGUUGUAUUUAUCACAGAAUAAUUCACAUAGCACAUAGAUCAUAAAUUAAAAUUAUAUUUCAGGCUAACAUUAUGUUUGAAUAAACUGAAUAAUUUUUAUUAA